CAUAUACUGAAUAAUUCACGUUGGAUUGCUUUGGGGAGUGACGCAGAGGAUACAGAUGCACGGCUACUUUUUCGAUAAAUUGUCAAAUUCUGGCUUGAAAAGCAGUUAUUUAUUCAUUUUUUCGUCAUCCGUUGGGUGAAGAGACGAACAUUGGGUGCGAUUUUAGUUUAGAUAAAUCCGGCGUGUCCAACAGGCCUCUGCAUGUCGAUAUUGAUGUGGUGUCGCUGCUAGGAAAAAGAUGCCGCAGCCGAAAUCCAGAAAAAUUGCUGUUCUGGGAUACAGAUCCGUAGGAAAGUCGUCAUUGACAAUACAGUUUGUUGAAGGACAGUUUGUGGACUCUUAUGACCCAACCAUAGAAAACACAUUUACAAAAAUGAUCACAGUCAACGGUCAGGAGUACCAUCUGCAGUUGGUGGACACAGCAGGACAGGAUGAAUACUCAAUUUUUCCACAGACCUACUCCAUAGACAUCAAUGGCUACAUUUUGGUGUAUUCUGUUACGUCAAAUAAAAGUUUUGAAGUAGUAAAAGUUAUCCACGAAAAGUUGUUGGACAUGGUGGGAAAAGUACAAGUACCCAUAAUGUUGGUGGGAAACAAGAAAGAUCUUCACAUGGAACGGGUGAUCAGCUGUGAAGAGGGCAAGGCCUUGGCUGAGUCGUGGAACGCUGCGUUCAUGGAGUCCUCAGCGAAAGAGAACCAGACUGCAGUGGAAGUCUUUAAAAGGAUAAUUCUGGAGGCAGAGAAGAUCGAUGGCGGCGCCCCUCAAGGAAGGACAUCCUGCUCCCUCAUGUAGAGCCCCCAGACCCUCCUGACCCCCGACCUUUUGUCCCUCGAUGACCUCCACCCUACGAGCCCCCCCGCCUGCCCUGCCCUGUACCCCAACCCUGGCCCCAACCCAGCGCCAACUUCCUCACCAUCCUCCCCAAAACUCCCGAAUGCCCCACUCCCCACCCACCCAACCACCGCACCAAACAACCCCCUGAGCCCCCUUCCUUCGUGCCCACCCCUUCCUCAAACCUGCCCACCGCCCUGCACAACCUGCCACCCCACCCCUCCACCCCCAGCCACUCACAGCACUGGACACUGGGAAAUCCCUCUACUUGAAGUGGCUAACUGCCUGUUUUUCUCUCUGCUCCAUAGAAACAUGUAUUAUUAUUAGCGUCUUCUUCUUUUAACCAUGACAUUUUUUUAUAUUUAAUUAUUCUUUUUUUCCCUUCCUAUUCUUCUACUGCUUUAUGAUUUUAUUUGUUUUUAGUUUUGAAUUUAUUCUGUUCUUUUUAUUUGUCAACUUUUUUUAACUCUUAUUUUGGAAGAAACAGAGAAGCUCUCUGUUGACAUGUAGUGGAGUAAUGUUAACCAUUCCUGAGGUCCCCCCUCUAUUCCUCUAUUCCUCUAUACCUCUAUUCCUCUCUCCCUCUCUCCCUCUUGCUCUCACCCUCUCCUCUCCUCUCCUCUCCUCUCCUCUCCUCUCCUCCAUCUGCAAACCAAACCUGGUGAAUCUUGAGCCUUACUUCUUCUUCGUCAUCCUUCAUCUUUUCUACCUAAAUAAAAAGCCCCCGUUGCCCCCCUCCCCUCCCCCGCCCCUUCUCUUCGUCCUCCUCUGAAUUUGUAUAUCGUAUUUCUUAAAACAGUAAUUAUGGCCAAUAAAGUUGCCAGCAUUCAUUCUUCCUUUGUAGUGAAUGUUGUUUAACUUUUUUGAUUGUAAUCAUUAAAAGCAGCAUAUUGUUUCACUA